AUGAACGUUGGCGAGCUUCUUGCGAAUACCCUAUCUCCAGACGCGAAUAUCCGCCAAGAUGCGACUCAGAAGCUCGAGAACGCGUCCAGGGAGAACUACCCCGCAUACAUGUUGAUGCUCAGUUCUGAGCUUGUCAAUGAAAACUCGCCACAGCACGUUCGAAGUGCCGCAGGUUUGGCUCUGAAGAAUGCAUUGACAGCGCGGGAAAGCGCGCGACAACUGGAGUUCAGCAACAGAUGGCUUGCCGUGGACAAUGAUACGCGAAACAAGGUCAAGCAGCAGGCCCUGAUGGCUCUCGGUUCGCUGGACGCGAAAAUCGGCGGUAUCGCGGCACAGUUUGUUGCAGCCGUCGCGACGGUGGAACUGCCUCAAGGUCAAUGGCAAGAGUUGAUCAGCAUUCUCUUAGGGUUCGUUCAGAACCAGCCCAAUGUGAACCUGAAAGUGUCCGCGCUGCAGACCAUUGGUUACAUCUGCGAAUCAAUAAAACCUGAGGUCCUCAGCAUGCGUUCAAAUGAAAUCCUCACUGCAGUGAUUCACGGUGCUCGCAAAGAAGAGCCAUCGCCGGAAGUCCAGCUUGCUGCUAUCAAGGCGCUCAACAACUCCUUGGAGUUUGUGCGCGACAACUUUGAGCGUGAGGGCGAGCGGAACUACAUCAUGCAGGUGAUGUGUGAGGCUACACAGGCUUCAUCUGUACCCGUUCAAGUUGGUGCAUAUGAGAGUAUCGUGAAAGUCAUGUCUCUGUAUUAUGACAAAAUGGGUCUCUAUAUGGAACGCGCUCUGUUCGGGCUUACCGUGAUGGGAAUGAAACAUGUGGAGGAGCAGAUCGCACUUCAAGCUGUUGAAUUCUGGUCCACCGUAUGCGAGAUCGAAGCUGAUUUGUUAUGGGAGGCGCAAGAGGCAAACGAGUAUGGAGAGGUCCCUGAGACGGAGAGCAAGUACUUUGCCAAGACUGCGCUGCCCGAGAUUGUGCCCGUCCUGUUGCAGCUCCUGACGCGUCAGGAGGAAGACGCAGACGAGGACGAAUGGAAUAUCUCCAUGGCCGCGGGCACCUGCCUUGGCCUGCUCGCGCAGGCAGUUGCAGAUCCAAUCGUGCCCGCUGUGAUCCCGUUCAUCGAGGCCAACAUUCGGGCGGAGGACUGGCAUCACCGUGAGGCGGCAGUUAUGACGUUCGGGUCCAUCCUGGAGGGCCCCGACCCGAGCGUGCUCAUGCCGCUCGUGAACCAGGCGUUCCCGAUCCUCAUCGACAUGAUGCACGACACGAACCCACACGUGAAGGACACCGUCGCGUGGACGCUUGGCCGUAUCUGCGACAUCAUGGUCCAGGCAAUCAAACCGGACGUGCACCUCCACCCACUUGUGUCGGCGCUGGUAAAUGGCUUGCAGGACAACCCAAGGAUCGCGGCGAACUGUUGCUGGGCGCUGAUGAACCUGGCCGAUCAGCUAGGGUAUAGCGAGGACGGUGAUCCGCAGGAAGCUGCGACGGGCGCUUUGUCGCCUUACUUUGAGGGUAUCGUACAGGCGCUGCUCCGUGUUACUGAAACCGCCAGCAAUGAAGGCAACUACCGAACAGCAGCUUACGAGGCAGUCACGUCAUUCAUCUCUCAUUCAACCCUCGACACUAUCCCAGUUGUGCAAAACACGGCGGUCGCCGUCCUCCAGAGGAUGGAGCAGCUGCUUGCAUUGCGUAACCAAGUCGUAGGUGUGGAUGACAGCAACAACUGGAAUGACCUCAUGAGCAACAUCUGCAGUGUUCUUAUCAGCGUGGUUCGCAAGCUGGGCGAUGGCAUCCAACCGCUCGCCGAUCGCAUUAUGACGCUCAUGCUGCAGUUGAUGCAAGCAUCAGGAAAGACGUCCACCGUUAUCGAGGAUGCGUUCCUCGUGGUCGGAGCGUUGGCCUCAUCUCUCGAGCAGCGCUUCGCGCCGUACAUCCCGGCCUUCCUACCAUUCCUAUACCCGGCCCUAAAAGCACACGAGGACACGCAGCUCUGCACCGUCGCCGUCGGGCUCAUUGGCGACAUCUCGCGCGCGCUCAACGAGCAGAGCGAGCAAUACGCGAACGCGUUCAUGAGUGUGCUGCUCGAGAACCUGCAGAGUGAUGUGCUGAACCGCACCGUGAAGAUUACGAUCCUGGCGUGCUUUGGCGAUAUUGCGCUGGCGAUUGGCCCCGCGUUUGAGCCGUACUUGUCGUCGACGAUGGCGGUGCUGCGGCAGGCGGGCGCGUUGCAGCCGAACCCUCUUGACCUGGAACUGGUGGAGUAUGCGGCGUCCCUUCGCGAGGGUAUCCUGGACGCAUAUACUGGAAUCGUCACCGGCUUCAAGAACACAGAGAAAGUGAAUCUGCUUCUACCCCAUGUUCAGAGCAUUUUGGACCUCGUCCAGCGCUCGUUGGCUGACAGUGAAAGGACCGAUGCUGUAUUGAAGCUGGGUCUCGGCCUCAUCGGUGAUCUGGCAGAUGCGUUCCCCGACGGCCGGCUCAAGCAGGUGUUGCUGGCUGAUUGGAUCAUGAGUGAGCUUCGGUCAAGGGGACGCAUGCCCCCAGAUACGAAGAAGACGCUGCGGUGGGCUCGGGAGAUGGUCAAGCGAGCCACUGCAUAG